AAUUAGAAUCGCAUGUGAGAAAGGAUUUAUUUAUAAAAACAACUAAAAAUCUUUUAUAUAUAAGUCUAAAUUAAAUAAAUUUUUAUACGGAGUUUAAUAUGGCACAUUUUCGAGAGAUGUCAGAUAAAGCUUUAAAAAUGCUGCGAACAUUACCGCGAGUACAAAUUUCAAAUAUACGACCAAAUCCAAACUCUAAAAAAAAUGAUAAACGAGGACGGGCACAACAUGGUGGCGAUAAGCAUGGUGCUGGUAACAAGGGUUCAGGUCAACGUCAAAACUUCAUGCGUCUGGGUUACGAAACGGGAAAUACGCCGUUUUAUGUAAGAUUUCCAUAUGAGCCAUACUACAAAGGUCAUCAUUUAAGGCGGCAAUAUCCACAACUUUCUUUACUUCAAUUACAAGUACUACUUGACACUAAUCGAGUUGAUCCAAACCAACCAAUUGAUAUUACUACUUUAUGUAAUACCGGUCUAUUUAGAUUGAAGCCAGCUGAAAUGCAAUAUGGAUUUCAACUUACUGAUGCUGGAAUUGACAACUUUAAAGCUAAAAUAUGCAUUGAGGUACAGUACGCAAAGGAGGCGGUGAUUGCUGCCGUUGAACGAAAUGGUGGUGUUAUACGUACUGCGUAUUAUGAUCCCAGGAGUCUACAGGUUAUGACUAAUCCCAAGAAAUGGUUUGAAAAAGGAGUGCCGUUGCCAAAGCGCAUGAUGCCUCCACAAGACGCUGUAGAAUACUAUACGAGUGCGAAAAAUCGAGGCUAUUUAGCAGACCCUGAAGAAAUCAGCAAGGAACGAUUAGUUUUAGCUCAAAAGUACGGAUAUGAAUUGCCCCGUAUUGAAGACGACCCAGCUUAUGAUAUGCUUACUAGCACAAAAGACGCACGACAGAUUUUUUAUGGUCUCGAACCAGGAUGGGUUAUCAACUUAAUAGACAAAACCAUAAUAAAACCUAAAGAUUUUGAGAAUUAAUUAUUAUUUAUUUGUUAAUAAAUGAGUAUUUAACCUAAA